UGGGUUCGAAAAUCUCUCAUUAAGCAAGUGUUGACCUAAUUCCGUCAAAUUGGGUAUCGCUGGUACCUGGGUGAAGGUAAUAGUGCUUUCAUACAACAGCCUUAGGCAAUCCGCACAUGCUUCGGGACCAUCCUUCCAGACCCUCCCUCAGAAUCAGCUCCAGCACUCAUUGCCACGCAACCCCCUCAAACCACGACCAAUCCUCUCCAUCAUCAACAACCUCUAGCGCCUCGAAGACAACCCAGCCUGCACCAUGGCUCCCCUAACCCCCGCCGACAGCGAGAAACACCAACAACUCCUGGACCGGCUGGACAUCGCGCACAUCCACCGACCCUUCCGCAACACCCACUGGAAGCCGUCCCAGCGGCGCAACAAGAACGUCAAGCAGCUCAUCUCCGAAAGCUCGCGCAAAGAAGCCUCAGUGAUGGCCACGCAGACCAACUCGGGCGCCUCGACGCCGCUCCCCGCGACCACCUCCGCCAGCACCGACGGCAGCCAGACCCCUGCGGAGGGCGGCUCGCGAACCAACAUUGCGCAGGCCGCGCAAAACCUCUCCACGCUGGUGCUCGAAAAGAACGCUCGCGCGGCUUACUCCUCAGGCCCGGCCGUGACCUACACCAACAUCGAGUCCGCCCCCUCGUUGCACCCGUCCACGCAGACCCGGUACUGCGACAUCACCGGCCUGCCGGCCCCGUACACGGACCCCAAGACGCGGUUGAGAUAUCACGAUAAGGAGGUUUUCGGGGUCGUUCGCACGUUGGGUCGGGGGGUGCCGGAGAGCUAUCUUGAGUUGAGAGCUGCGCACGUUGUUCUUAAAUGAGGUUACGGUUAUAUUCGGGAGUUACAGUGUUCACUAUGGGAUUGGGAUUGGGAAGGCUAGGUGCUAUGCUAUAAUACUAUCUCUGAUAUGAAAUACAAAUAAUGUACGACCAACACAGUCAAGCGAU